AUGGCUACAUUACCAGAUAUUAUGCAAGCGAUUAAUUAUGGUCAUUCAUUAGAAGAAGGUUUACUUCUCCAAAUCCAUUUAAUAAUAAUGCAAGAAAUGCGAUUAAUACUCCAACAUUAUUUAUAG